AUGGUCUCUGGCGCAGCGCGCAUUGGCGUGUUCAAAACCACGGUGCAGGACGCUCGAGCAGAUAACUUAUAUUGCGGAUAUGCUGACGCACCUGAGGCCAAGCACUCCGAGGCCGGCGAGUGUGUGCUCAGCAAGGGCCAGCCCCUGGAGCAGUGGUGCCUGCUGCUGCACGGCAGCGCCCUGCUCACCCGCUACUCGGCCCAGCGCGGCUCCGAGCAGGUCGCCUCGCCACUGGGCCCCAACGACAGCUGGAGCGAGGCGGCUCUGCUGCACUCGACCCACCCGCGGAGAAGCAGCGUUACGGUGGUGGCGGGGCCUCAGGGCUGCAUGACGUUGCGGCUGCGCUACAGCGACUACGACGCGAUGAACGACUUGCGCAAUCCGCUACAGCUGCUACCCCCGGAGGGCACACAGGCGCCCCCAGCGGAACUCACCGUAGCUCAGCGCCGGGCCGCCAAUAUGGCUCUUCUCUGUUGCUGUCUCCGUCGUCUCGCCUCCGCGCGGCCUUCGGAUGAGCGCACACCGGAAGAGGCUUCGGAGCUGGAGCCCUUCUUCGCCUCCCUGCCUGCCUACCGCACCUACCCUCAGGAGGUCGUGGCCUGUCUGGCGGCGGCCUGCCGCUCCCUCAGCCUGCCGCCGGGCAGCUUAGUGUACGAACACAGCACCCUGGCGGAUGCCCACGUGACGGUUCUGUCCGGGGAGGUUCAGCUGCGGAAGUUCGGGGGUGCGCCGGGAGCGCUGGGGGGAGCUGCCGGCACCAGCGCCGGGCCGAUGCGGCCGGCGCCGCCACCGGGGCAGAAGCCGGGAACGGCGGCGGCUGGAGCGGCGGCAGGGUCGACGUCCCAGGCACAGGAGGGCUCUGGGGAGGGGUCGGGAGGCCGGUUGAACAUCCGGGCGAGGCUGAGGAGGGAGCGGGAAGCUCGCAAGCUGAUGCAGAAGCAGCUGGACGAGUACGUGUCCCGUCUUGAUGCGGACACGGCGGCCUUCUCCGCCGCCUCGUCAGGGGCGGGCGGUAGCGGCAGUAGCGGUGGAGAGGACGGCAAACGUGCCUCGGGGACAAUAAAGGACCCUGCGAGUGCGAGCCCCGUUGAUUGGACCCGGGUGUUCAUGCAAAAGGCGAUGCGGACAGUGGAGCCCGUAUGGAAAGCGUUGCACCCCGCAGAUAAGGCCCCCCGGAGGCGGCAGGCGGCCGGGGACAACGCAUUCGACAUUCCCCUGGACGGCAGCGAAGGGCCCAUUACGGAGGUGGCGCAGCUUCUCGGCCCUGCGGCCGCCAAGGCGUACUACCGGGGACUGCAGACGCAGGGCUAUUCGGAAGAUUCGGAAUCGCCAUUGCCCUCCCCGUCAGGGGGCAGCGGCAGCAGCGGCCCAGCCAAGCUCGGGGAGCCUGGCGGCGGCAACAACGACGCCGCGGCGCGGGAGCGGUGGCGGCGGUGGAUGUUCUCCGUGGAUGGACCGGAGACGGAGAAGCAGCGCAACCUCAGGAGCAUGGCAAUGCGUGCCUCCCGCAUCAACCGCGAGCGCCACGCGCGGUCCCGAGGGCGCGGCGGCUUCGACGCUGAGGAAAUGGAGGAAAUGUACGGCCCGCAAUUCGCCACACUGACCCGUGGGUCACCUGUGGGGGAGCUGUCCACCGUGAUGCUCCACUCGUCCAUGCGCAAGGAGAGCGCGGUGGCGGGUCCCGGCGGCUGUGAGCUGCUGCUGGUGGACUGGGAGGCCUACCAGCAGGGCGUGUUGGCGGCUCGUGCGGCAGUGCUGGCCCGUGCCGCGGGCUUCUUCUCCUCCCUCCCCAAGGAGAGGCUCAGUCAGCUGGCGGAGCUGUGUCUUUGCCUCACUGUGGACGCGGGGACGCUGCUGGCCCGUCAGGGGGGCCCCCUGGAGUGCUUGGCGGUGGUGCAGGACGGCGAGGUGACUCUUCUUCAUGAGCCCAGCGCCGCCCUCCAUACCCGCAUCUCCACCUUCCGCGGUCUGGCGGUCAGCGGCAGCCGUAAUGGCCGUACACAGCUACUGCCGCUGCUAGCCACGCUCAGCGCUACAGCCCCGGGGGCGCUGCCCGGGUUGGGCGGCAGCGGCAGCGCUACGGCCGCCGCGGCGGCCGCCGGCAGCGGCGGUGGCGGCGGAGCCGCCGCCGUGCCGACGGCGCCCUCCGCCUCCGGCGGCUCCUUUACGAGCAGCUCCUCCACUCCCGUGGAGGUGUCGCUCCAGGGAUUGCCACUCGGGGAGGUGUCUGUGGGCGGCAUUUUGGGUGAGGCGGUUUUGGGAGGUCGCGGCGGCGGCGGCGCCAUCCCCUCCAGCGCGCCGCCAUCCGCCAACGGCCAUGCGGACCCCUCUCACCACGGCCAGGGGCAUCGUCAGGUCUCCGCACACGCUGCCGUACAAGGACAUACGGUAACGGAUAGCCAUCCGUCGCCGUUGACGGUAGUGCCGCCGGCGGUGGUGGUGGAAGGUCCGAAGUGGCCGACGACGGUGCUGGCGUCGCGCGCGAGCGUGCUGCUGGUCAUGCCACGUAGCGUGUUGUACAUGGCGGAGUUUGACUUGGUGCGAGGUGAGCUGAUUCGGUUCGCAGCGGAGCGCCGUGCAUGGUUGGCGCGGCGGGUGGAGGCGGCGUACCGCGCGGCGGCAGCACCGCCGACGACGCCGGCGGUUUUUGCGACGGCGGCGGGGACGGUGCCUGCCGGCGGCGCGGCACAGCCCCAACCGCAGCCGCCCGCUCAUCCCUCGCCGCGCCGGCCGGCGGAAGCGGGCGGCGGCGGGGUCGGCAGCGGCCCUUCGGCGCCUCGCAUCGGUAGCUUUCCCCGUCGCGCCGCAUCUGGAGACGUCACCGGCUCUGGCUUGCAUGCCACCGCCGGCGGCAGCGGCGUCAGUGAAUCUGGCGGCGUCGUAUCCGCCAGCUCACACUACCCCAUUUCCCGGCGCAAGUCUGUGGAAAGCCUGCAGCAAUGUUCGCCCAAUCCAAGCCACCCAGCAGCGGGGGCGGCGGCGGCGACAGGGGCGGCGGCGGCCGCCGGCACUCCGACGUCCGUUGCCUCACCGAGUGGCGGCACCGGCGGCGUCAUCGGCAUCCUUUCUCGUCCCAAUAGCAAAUGGGACUUCCUGGACGGCCCGACGGGCGCCACCGGAGCUGCCGCUGGCGGCGCUGGCGGUGGCGGCGGGACCGCUGGCGGUACGGAAAUGUCUACUCCGGUGCUGACGCCGCUGAUGCCUCCUAGCAGUAGCCUUCCUCGCGGGGCCGGCGCUGGUGGCGGCGGCGGCCUGUCACUAUUGGACUCCGCCGGCAGCAUGACGCUCUCAACCGCCAUGACGCUGACGGGGAGCUUCACUUCUGGAUCGGCCCUCGCAAGCGUUGGCGGCAGCGUCGGCGGCGCCAUCGGGGUGCCGCCGCUGCGGCGGCCGUCCUCUGGCAGCCUUCGUGCAUUAAAGGACUCCGCCGCCGCCGCCGCCGCCGCCGCGGCUUCUUCCGCAACUGGGGCCACCGCUAAUGGCGUCGGCGGCGGUGGCGGCGUUGGCGGCGUCAGCGGCGCAAAUGGGAUGGAUUGGUUGGGCUUGUCGCCAGCACAGCAGGCGUUACUGGAGGUGGGUCUGGACCCUCUCCUCGCGAGCGGCGAUAUGUCGUACGGACAGGGCGGCGGGUUGAGCCUCGAGCGGCAUGGUUCUGCUGCCUUGAAUGGCAUCUCCACGAGCGGCGGCGGCGGCGGCGGCGGCGGCGGCGGAAGCGGAUCUUCCGUGGCGACGCUUCCGGCGCUGGCGUCGCCAGGGCCCAGCGCCGGGGUAUCGACGCCGCGCGGUCUGGCGCCGCUCAACGUUGGCGGUGGCGGCGCAGCCGGCGGCAACAGCUGCGGCGCCAGCCCUGCUGCAAGCACGGACUUUGAUUCAAUGCGCGCUGCCGGACUCACGACGGCCUUCCGCUCCCCGAAUGCGUUGACCCCUACCUGCCGCCGCUCCCACUGCGGCGGUCUGGGCGGCCUGCCGGCGGCGGCCCCGAUUUCACUGCUAGAUUCUGGGUACGGCACCGUCGGCAUCGGUAGCGGCGGUAGCGGCGGCGGCGGCGGCGUCACGCUGAGUCCCAAUGCAGCUUCAGCCGCAGCCAACUCCGCAACGCCGUCAUUGCGCGUGUCCCGGGGUACGGCACACAGCGGGGUUGGGACGGGUGUACGGCGUCGUACUGACAUGGAUGGCGGCCUGGCUGCUGUCGCAGCCCAGGCUCUCGCGGUGGGGGCUCUGACGGCGACGGCGCCGCCGCAGGCGCAACCGGGGCCGAGGGUGCCGGCCCUGCAGGCAUUGGACGCGUUGGAAGUCGCCGCCGCCGCCGUCGCCGCCACGCCGUCGUCGGUGCCGUCGUCUCCCGGCCUGUACAGCCGUAACUCUCGGAACAGUUACACGGGCGGCGUGACGCCACGCAUUUCUAGCCUCGACAACCCAUGUACAGUAACGUCGUGUAUUCCGGCGCGGCGAGCGCAGGCUCGCCGAAUAAGGGACAUAGAUGGCGUGCUUCAGAAGUACGUCCAGUUGGGCGUGUCGCUUUGGGCAUACCUAGGAUUUCUGCUCCGAUUGCUGCUCAUGGGCGUCAAUUGCACAGCCAUUUUCUUCGCGUUCAUUACCUACAAGAGCAACAAAUCAAGCGGAUGGAAGUACGAGAUACCGACUCGAGUCGUUGUCUGGGCUGAGUUCAUUAUCAUUUGCUGUUACCUGCUUUGGGCGAUCUGGCGCCUCCUGGUGCUGCUGUGGGCAGUCUUGAGAGAACUGAACAGCAAACCAGACAACCUGUACAAGAACAACCUUGAGGUGUCGACAGCUGCACGGAACUGGUACAAUUCCUUGAUGCUGCUCGACUUCAACCUGCUGCUGCUGUUGCGAUACGUCAGUCCGCCAUCAGUGGCGGCGGCACUGGGCAAGGCACGUCGGCGAGUGUACGGAUCGUACGGCACGCGAGUGCACAGAGAUCAGUACUGCCUGGAUCUUUGUUGCUGUUGCUGCUUCUACGGGCGCCUGGUACUGUGCACGCUGCUUCAGUGGUCUUUGGUGCUGUUAUUGGCUGCCGCUGCGCUUUUCGGGGUCUUGAUUAAAGUCCUGCAGCUGCGCUUCCUGGGCACCGCUGACAUUCAGAAUUGGAACAUCACCGAGCUGCUGCUGUUUGGCCAGUUUGUGGUCAACAUGGCUUGGCUGGACACGCGGCAAAAGGACCGGCGCUCCGCAAAGCUGGAGCUCUUAUUCCAUGGCUCGGACGCGGAGCAGUCCUCUGAGGAGGCGGAAGCUGUGAAGCUUGUGGAGGACUUGGCGCUGUUGGUGCUCCGCUACCACUACAGCUUGCUGACCGCCUACAUUUACAUCGACGACUCGGUGGAGGAGGAGAAGCCCCGAAACCGAGUUAAACACGAGCACAAAAAGAAAAGUGGCGCCGGCGGCGGUGGCGGAGAAUCCGCGUCCUAUGGUGGUCGCGGUGCGGAUUGGGGCCGACAUGGGGCGAUCAACGGCCCCUACGCGGACUUGCCACCGAGCGCGUUGCAAGCAGGGCAGGUGGUGGUGGAAAUGUCGCCGCGCCAGGCCCGCCGGUCCACGACACCCGCCGCCACCGCGGCCACCCCCGCCGUCCGCGGCGGCGGCUUUGGCGGCGGCAGCAGCAGCAGCAACAGCAGCGGCACUGAUAGCGGUCCUUCGGCUCCCCCCAUCCUGGCGCCGCUGGAGCGCUUUCCGUACGACUUUUACACGUACGGUCACGCAGUUGGCGCGCCAUUACGGCGCAACAUGCAGAUUCCGGAGCUGAAAGAGCGGACGUAUGAACGGGGGCAGGGGCAGCGCCCACCGCCUUCUGCUGUGCUAUUCUGCUGCGAAUUCACGGGCGCUUUUGCGGACGACGCAUGGACUGAGGCAAGAGGGAAAACACUGCCAGGCCCCGCAAGCGGGGUCGGUCAGGGACCCGCGAGGAGGGUGAGUGGAAAAGUGAGAUUCCGCAGCCAGCGGUGCAACAACCGCCGGGAUAGGCGCUCCAAGGAAUUGAGCCCCAAAGGAAAACAAGAAAUCUCGGCGGUUCCCUCCGGGUCGGGACAUACACUUCCAGUCCCCGUAGCCCAACCGCAAUUGACUUUGGUGCCCGGCGCACCAGAGAGAUGCGAUUACUAUGAUUGCGAAUGUAGCCCAUAUCAGUUGGAAUACCUUGGGACAGCGAUCUUAAACGCAACAUUCUCGAGGACUUGCUUCCGCAUGAACUACAUCGGCUGCGACAUCUCAAAGCCCUGCUGCACCUCGCUUUUGAAUUCGGUGGAUAAGGUUGUUGUUGAGACGACGCCGCAAUGCGGCAACAAGUCCAACCUGGUCAGCGUCACCGUCAACAACGCCACCCACCUUUCCUGGAAUCCGUACUUCCACAAUAACACGGGUGACGUUCCGGGCUAUGAGCUGAAGAUUUACAAUUUGAAGCGCAACGUCACCACUUUCCCCGGUACCCGGAUCUGCAUCACCACCCGCAACACCUGCUACAGCAUCGGGGACAUAUGCAGGGACUCCAAGACACUUGGCGGUUGCAGGUACUCCUUCGCGGAGUCGUCCUCCGGUGUAUUCUGCCCCGUCUGCGAGCCGGCGCCGCCGCCGCCCUUCCCGCCCUCGCCGAGGCCUAGCCCACCCCUGUCGCCGGCUCCGUCGCCACCUUCCCCAGUGCCGCCGGCUCCGUCGCCACCUUCCCCAGUGCCGCCGGCGCCGUCGCCACCUUCUCCAAUGCCGCCGGCGCCGCUGCCGCCCUCUCCAGCCCCUGUGAUACCCUGCACCAUGUGUGCUGAGCUCACCAUCCUGCCGCCGGACAGCCUCCCCGGCCCGCUGUACACCUUCGGCAGCGGCGGCGCGCCGAACUGUACGGAGAUGUUCGAUUUGGUCUCCGGUGAUAUUAUCAGCAGCGCGGCGUUGUACGGUGCGAUUAUUAGCAGCCCGUUUACGCUUGAGGUCUGCAGUACGACAUUUGACGCACAGCUAUUCGAAUAUCCGUUCAUCAAGCUGUGCGGCAGCUUCGCCAGCGCCGACAGCGCGGUCAAGCUGGGUGACUGGCUGGAGGGAGCACUUGCUCGAUGGGUCGACGAGAUGAGCGGCGGCGUCUGCGUGCCUGGCUACUCAUUCAACAGUGAUGUGUACGGCAUUGGUGACGUGUCGUGCUUGUCUGGAUCUCUCCAGAAAACUUGUGAUCCGGAUAGUCCGCCGCCGUCGCCGUCACCAUUGCACCCGCCGUCUCUACCGCCGCCUCAUUCUCCACCGCCGCCACCGCCUCCGCCGCCGCCACCGCCGUUGCCUCCUUCACCCAUUCCCCCAUCACCUUCGCCACCGUCUCCUCUGCCACCCCUCUGCGCCUACGUCUUCAUCGAACCACCUAAAGUCCUUGGUAGCAGGCCGCUCUAUACCUUUGGCUCCGGGGCCCGGUCCUGCGACGAUGUCGCGUCGUAUAUCGUUCAAGACAUCUCGUACAAUGCGGCAGCGCUCAACGUCAGCAUCUCGAAGCCAUUCAGUCUGUCUACUUGCGUCACAGAGUACGACAACACUGUAGAACCGCCUAUUGUGCCGUACGUCGAGGUGUGCGGUACAUUUGCCAGUUACGAUGAAGGUGCCAGGAUGGCGGUUUGGCUUGAUGUCGACUCGUCAGGCAUCCUGCCCUGGGUUGAUUUCACCACCAACGGCGUCUGCCUGGACACGAAUGGCCCGUUCAAGAAUUACACUCUUUACGCCGCAAUUUUCGACCCCCUCGGCGAAGGCACCUGUCUUGCCGGCCAAAUAGAACAGAGCUGCCAGUCAAACCCCGAUCCGUCUCCGCCGAUGCCGCCGCCGUCUCCGCCUGUGGUUCAGCCAUCGCCGGCCGUGCCGCCGCCGCCUCAGUUCGUGCGAACACACGAUUGCGAGCAGGCGUACAACGUGCCGUAUUCCGUGAGUCCAUUGUACAACUUCUCGAGCAUGGAAGCUGGUGUUCCCGCCACGACGAUGUGCGUCAAGGUAUCUGUCAGGAGCUGCAGGGCAGGAUAUUGCUGUCCUAUGGAAUUUGCAAAGAUUGAGGUUCCUGUCGCCCAAAACUGCCGAGGAGAUCUUCGACGCAUCUACAUCAACAACAACACGGUUUCAGUGUCUUGGGGUUCGUACACCGACCUCAACACGAACGCGACACUCACCGCUAUGAAGUUCGUCAACUUAAUGAACGUCAACCCCGAUGGAGCCACCUUCUGUUGGGUGGUCAAGAACGGUGAUUGUGCCAACCCCAGGAACUUCUGCUUCAAUGGCUUUUGCCAGGUCAGCAUCUUUUCGUACCCGGCAUACCCGCCGUCUACAAGGAAAUGCUGCCCGGCCACAAUCGUCUAUUGA